GGUGAAGAAAACACAAUCUGGGCUGAUUCAUUUUAGCUUUUUGUUAAGAUUUCUUGAUUAAAGUUCCCAAACCAAGAAAAAAAAAAAACAAAAUCUAGGAUUUGUUUUGUUUUUAGUUGUUGUUUAAAUAUUCUGAUCCAUUAUCAAUGGAGAGUGCUGAUAUUUCUAGAGGUAGUGAUAGUUUUAGAGGUAGUUCUAGAGGAGUUUCGUCAGUAUGGAGAAACAGCACUGUGGAAGUGUUUUCAAGAUCUUCAAGAGAAGAAGAUGAUGAAGAGGCUCUAAAAUGGGCUGCGCUUGAGAAACUACCUACCUAUGAUCGUUUAAGGAAAGGUAUAUUAACGAGUGCGUCAAGAGGUAUAAUUAGUGAGGUAGAUAUUGAGAACCUUGGAGUCCAAGAGAGAAAACAGUUGCUUGAGAGGUUGGUCAAAGUUGCAGACGAGGAUAAUGAGAAGUUCUUGUGGAAACUCAAGAACCGUGUUGAAAGGGUUGGAAUUGAGUUUCCAACAAUUGAAGUUCGGUACGAGAAUCUAAAUAUUGAAGCAGAAGCUUACGUGGGAAGUAGUGCUUUGCCUUCAUUCGCCAAGUUCAUUUUUCAUAUAAUAGAGGGUUUUUUUAUUGCUCUUCAUGUCCUUCCAAGUAGAAAGAAGCCACUCACCAUCCUUAAGGAUGUUAGUGGAAUCAUCAAGCCAUCAAGAUUGACUUUGCUUUUGGGUCCUCCGAAUUCUGGGAAGACCACACUGUUGUUGGCAAUGGCUGGAAAGCUUGAUCCUAGUCUGAAGUUUUCUGGUCAUGUGACUUACAAUGGUCAUGAGAUGAACGAAUUUGUACCACAAAGAACGGCUGCCUAUGUCAGUCAACAUGAUCUCCAUAUAGGAGAAAUGACUGUGAGGGAGACUUUGGAAUUCUCUGCCAGAUGCCAAGGGGUUGGCCACCUACAUGAGAUGCUAGCAGAGUUGUCGAGAAGAGAGAAAGAAGCCAACAUCAAGCCUGAUCAAGAUGUUGAUGUCUUCAUGAAGGCAGUAGCAACACAAGGUCAAGAGGCCAGUGUCAUCACCGAUUACGUCUUGAAGAUAUUAGGAUUGGAAGUCUGCGCAGAUACUUUGGUAGGGGAUGAAAUGAUAAGGGGUAUAUCUGGAGGACAAAGGAAGCGUGUUACAACCGGGGAAAUGCUGGUCGGACCAUCAAGGGCAUUGCUUAUGGAUGAGAUUUCUACAGGCCUGGAUAGCUCAACAACUUACCAAAUUGUGAACUCAUUAAAGCAAACUAUUCACGUUCUCAAUUGCACUGCUGUCAUCUCACUUCUCCAGCCAGCACCAGAGACUUAUGACCUCUUUGAUGACAUCAUUCUCCUGUCAGAUGGCCAAAUUGUGUACCAGGGUCCUCGUGAAAAUGUGCUUGGAUUUUUUGAACAUAUGGGCUUCAAGUGUCCCGACAGAAAAGGCGUGGCAGACUUUCUACAAGAAGUGACAUCAAAAAAAGAUCAAGAGCAGUAUUGGGCAAUUAAAGAUCAGCCUUACAGGUUUGUCAGGGUCAACGAAUUUUCUGAGGCAUUUCAGUCAUUCAACGUGGGACGAAAGAUCGCAGAUGAGCUUUCAAUCCCAUUUGACAAGACUAAGAACCAUCCAGCUGCAUUGGUAAACAAAAAAUAUGGAGCUGGAAAGAUGGAUCUGCUUAAAGCUAACUUCUCAAGAGAAUACUUGCUCAUGAAGAGGAACUCAUUUGUCUACAUCUUCAAGAUAUGCCAACUGACAGUAGUGGCAUUGAUUUCCAUGUCACUCUUUUUUCGGACCAAGAUGCAUCAUGAUACGGUUGCCGAUGGAGGAAUUUAUACCGGUGCUUUGUUCUUCACUGUGAUCAUUAUAAUGUUUAAUGGAAUGUCAGAGCUAUCUAUGACCAUCGUAAAGCUUCCUGUGUUUUACAAGCAAAGGGAACUCCUAUUCUUUCCUCCAUGGGCAUAUUCAAUUCCUCCAUGGAUUCUGAAAAUUCCCGUCACGUUUGUUGAAGUUGCUGCAUGGGUGCUCCUAACCUAUUAUGUAAUUGGAUUUGAUCCAAAUGUUGAAAGGCUUUUAAGGCAGUACUUUCUGCUUUUGCUAAUUAACCAGAUGGCAUCUGCACUAUUUCGAUUUAUUGCUGCAGCUGGAAGGAACAUGAUUGUUGCUAACACUUUUGGGUCUUUUGCGCUACUUACACUUUUUGCAUUGGGUGGCUUUAUCUUGUCUCGAGAGCAAAUAAAAAAGUGGUGGAUAUGGGGUUACUGGCUUUCACCAUUGAUGUAUGGGCAGAACGCAAUAGUAGUGAAUGAGUUCCUUGGACAUAGCUGGAGUCAUAUUCCUGGAACCUCCACAGAACCACUAGGAAUCCAAGUUUUGAAGAGUCGCGAAUUUUUCACUGAAGCAAAUUGGUAUUGGAUAGGAGUAGGGGCAACAGUAGGAUUCAUGCUACUGUUCAAUAUCUGCUUCGCUUUGGCCCUCACUUUCCUCAAUGCAUUUGAGAAGCCUCAAGCUUUUAUAUUUGAAGAAUCCGAAAGGGAAGGUUCUGUUGGCAAAACAGGAGGAGCUGUUCAGUUAUCAAACCAUGGAAGUAGCCACAAAAACAAAACAGAGAAUGGAGAUGAAAUUAAUAGAAAUGGUUUUGCGUCCAUUGGUGAAGCCAGCGAUAACAGGAAGAGAGGGAUGGUUCUUCCAUUUGAACCACAUUCCAUCACAUUUGAUGAUGUUAUUUACUCCGUUGACAUGCCACAGGAAAUGAAAAUUCAAGGAGUAGUUGAGGAUAGAUUGGUGCUUUUGAAGGGUGUGAAUGGUGCUUUCAGGCCUGGUGUCCUUACAACUUUGAUGGGUGUUAGUGGUGCAGGAAAAACGACUUUGAUGGAUGUGCUGGCAGGUAGGAAAACUGGUGGAUAUAUUGAGGGAGACAUCAAAAUUUCUGGGUACCCAAAGAAGCAAGAAACUUUUGCUAGAAUUGCAGGAUACUGUGAACAAAAUGACAUUCACUCUCCACAUGUUACUGUCUACGAAUCCUUACUCUACUCAGCCUGGCUUCGUCUACCCCCUGAAGUUGAUUCUGAAACCAGAAAGAUGUUCAUUGACGAAGUCAUGGAGCUUGUGGAGUUGGAUUCGUUGCGCAAUGCAUUAGUUGGGUUGCCUGGUGUGAAUGGUUUGUCCACUGAGCAGCGCAAGCGUCUAACCAUUGCAGUAGAGCUCGUUGCAAACCCCUCUAUCAUAUUCAUGGAUGAGCCAACUUCAGGGUUAGAUGCUAGAGCUGCUGCAAUUGUGAUGAGAACAGUAAGAAACACUGUGGACACAGGAAGAACAGUUGUAUGCACCAUCCACCAGCCCAGUAUAGAUAUAUUUGAUGCUUUUGAUGAGCUAUUCCUGAUGAAGCGAGGAGGAGAAGAGAUAUAUGUGGGGCCAUUGGGUCACCAUUCUACCCAUCUAAUUAAAUACUUUGAGGCAAUUGAAGGAGUGAGUAAAAUUAAAGAUGGUUAUAAUCCAGCAACAUGGAUGUUGGAAGUUACUGCUUCAUCACAAGAGAUGGCUUUGGAGGUUGAUUUUGCUAAUAUUUACAAGAAUUCAGAUCUGUUCAGGAGAAACAAAGCUCUCAUUGCGGAAUUAAGCACACCUGCUCCCGGCUCCAAGGACGUUCAUUUCCCUACACGGUAUUCAACAUCAUUUUUCACACAAUGUAUGGCUUGCUUGUGGAAGCAACAUUGGUCAUACUGGAGGAACCCACCGUACACGGCCGUGAGAUUUCUUUUCACAACCUUUAUAGCCUUGAUGUUUGGAACAAUGUUCUGGGACCUUGGCUCCAAAGUGAAAACUACCCAAGAUCUUUCCAACGCAAUGGGUUCGAUGUAUGCAGCAGUUCUCUUCCUUGGUUUUCAAAAUGGAACAGCUGUGCAGCCAGUGGUGGCUGUUGAAAGAACUGUCUUCUACAGAGAAAGGGCUGCUGGAAUGUAUUCAGCUUUGCCCUAUGCCUUUGCACAGGCCCUGAUUGAGCUUCCAUAUGUCUUUGUUCAAGCUGCAGUCUACGGCGUUAUAGUUUAUGCAAUGAUUGGAUUUGAAUGGACUGCAGCUAAGUUCUUUUGGUAUCUAUUCUUUAUGUACUUCACACUAUUAUACUUCACCUUUUAUGGAAUGAUGGCUGUAGCUGUGACUCCAAACCACCACAUAGCUGGCAUAGUUUCCACAGCAUUUUAUGCAAUCUGGAACCUCUUCUCAGGGUUUAUAAUUCCCCGAACUCGGAUACCUAUAUGGUGGAGAUGGUACUACUGGGGAUGCCCCGUAUCAUGGUCCUUGUAUGGAUUGGUUGUGUCACAGUAUGGAGAUAUACAGGAACCCAUUACCGCAACUCAAACAGUGGAAGGAUAUGUCAAGGAUUACUUCGGUUUUGACCACGAUUUUCUUGGAGUAGUUGCAGCCGUGGUUCUUGGGUGGACUGUCCUCUUUGCCUUCAUUUUCGCCUUCUCUAUAAAGGCCUUCAACUUCCAGAGGCGAUAGAAAUUUUCUUUCCAUGCUUCAAUUUUUUUUUAUUUUUUACCCUUUCUAUGUAAGCAAUUGUAGCUCCACAAGCUACAAGCUACACGUUUAAUCUCUACGUUUUUCUUGAAUUUAUUUAUUACCUAGUCUUUCUCA